AUGCGCACCCACGUGGGCCAGCGUUGGGACUGGAGUGAGGAGGACGCGAGGAUGGUGGUUCGUCGGGUGUUGAGCCUAGACACCGUCGACCUGACCUUGAUCCCCGAUGGAAUCCUUCCCCUCUGCAGCAACCACGAUCGGGACAACAUCCUGGGCGUGAUGAUGGCGAUCGGGACGGCUAGGGGCCGGGGUCGCAGGGCGGCCGCAGGGGGUGGUCGCGGCGAUGGCGCCGAGAGCAGCAGUGCGGGCGCGGGCGGCGGUCAGGCCGGCGGCUCCGGCGGCAGUCAGGCCAGCGGCUCUGGCGGCGGCGGUGGUGGUAGCUCCAGGGUGCCUGGCCCAAGCCACGGGGCCGGCAGAGGCCCUGGUAUCGACCCGAAGGAGAAGCGGAAGGCCUCUAGGUACGGGCCGCCUGCCCCCUCCCCCCCUCCCCCGCCGCGGUGGCAGCGCUGA